UCGGCCCGCAGUGUUUUCUUGGCCGUCGAGACCGAAGAGCCCCGCCGACCAUCACCGUCGCGGAAGAUGUGAAUGUCGUUAAAGUGUGUGGCGAAGUUAUUAUAAAGUGCCGUGUCUGUCGGAAGGUAAAUGCUCGAACCGGAUCGGCGAGGUUUUUCUUCACUUUGGACCGAAAAUGGACAAGGCGCGCAUCGGCAACAACCAGAGCAGCGACGAAGUGUGGCCCGUCGAAGAUGAUUACCAGGCGCCCAGGUUGCCCUUAGACGCCACCGAGGGCGACUUCUUCGGGGGCGGGUUCGUGCCGCCGCCGCCCAGACCCCUCUUUCUCGACGACGUCACCCCCGACGGAGUCACUACUUGCGACCUGUGCUCGUGGGCGUGGCAACACGGCAACAGCGCCAUUCCGUACGACGGCCGAGACGGUCCGGGCGAGGUGGGAUGGGUCCUAACACUGGUAAUAGUGUCAUUAACAUCGGCACUCGUAGGGGCGGUCAUUAUGAUAAUAGUACUACAUUGUAAAAGCAGAAUGAAGAACUCGCCUGUAAAUGACGGGGAACACGAUAUAUCGCUCAGCCAACGGAUACCCCCCCGGCCACCACCGACGUCGCCCGACGACAAAGACGUCACCACCAUCGCCCCGCCCACUUUCCCGAACGUGCCGAUGGCGCCCAACUCCAACGGGGUGUGGUCGUGGCUGGCCAGAAGGGCUUCCACGCCCCCGACCAACCUCAACAACCACCCCGGCUCGCAGGUCGAGAACCACUACACCCACAUGGAGGACAAUUACAACGUGGAGGAGGCCCUCUACGCGGAACUCGACGGGAACAGCUCCGCCGACGACAGAGACAGCGACUCGCCGGCUUACCAGAACUCCGCGUACGCGGAUCCGGACGCGCCCGCGUCGAGCGCGCCAUCUAGCGCCUACUAUUCGGACCUGUCGGUAACGACGGUGCCGGAACGGGCGUACGAAGUCGUCGGUCUGGCAACGAUGCCGACGUGGGACGCGUGCGGCAACACCGCCUCCGACACGAGGCGACCGGCCGCCAUUAGGCUGGCGGCCAUCAGCGAGAACGUGGGCAACGCGCCAUCUGAUUACGUCUGACGGCGCGCCGCCGCCAUCUUUGUAAAUAUUGUACAAAACGAGACGAGGGAAUUAUUUAUUAUCGUAUUCGAAUACAUUCCGUGAAAGUGCAAUUUCGUUAUACCGACAUUGUGAUAUUUUUUCGGGGCGUUCGCGUCGACCAUUUUUCCUCUCAUGAUAACCGAUGGACUUAUAAAGUAGGGUUUUUUCUAAUUACCAAAAUUAUCGUCUCCCUGACGUCAAUUUUUGGCUUAACUUAUUUUGUGACGCUUUAGGACUCACCAACGGGUAGCACGCUAUCCUCUUCCUGACAUCAAUAAGGCGUUUGCACCGGCCAUUUAAUCCUUCGACCAUUCCCGUUAGACUCGUAAAGUUACGUUUCUUUCAAUUACAACUGCUCUUCUGACGUGUUUUUUAUAAAUUAUUUUACGACGCCAGAGGGACGUCAAUAAAAAUCCGCGACCAAACUCUCGCGAAAAUUUUCCGCUAAAACUGACGUGACUAGAAGUUUCUUGGCCCCGUUAUGGGGCAAAAUGUGAAUUUUGAAAAAAUUAUAUCGGAUUUGGAUCUCUCGUCCUCUUUUGAGAAGUUAAUUUUUAAUAUUUUAUACUUGGCUUAUUUAUAACCAUCAGAGGUUCGGUCGGUUUAAAAACGUCCCAACCUUAAAGUUAUAACGACGUUACAAACUGGUCAGGUGACGCGAAAAUUACAUCAGCAAGUACCUUGGUCGGUCUUGUAGGGUCCUAUUCUCCACAAUCGUUUAAAAUAUUUGAAAAUAGGGGACCAAAAAUGCUACCAAGAACGAUGAGCACGUCUAACUAACAAUUUUGGUAUCUUUAACGGAGACUUAAAUGACCAAAACCAAUCGGCUAGGAGGGGGGGAGCUUUAAAAAAUACUGUACAUAUUGACUGGCGAUACAGUUUAUUUCAUAAAAAAUAGCAAGGGCGAACGCCCACGAGUGCGACAGUGUAUUAUAUAGAGGAGCGGAAAAUGUGCGCGGCAUCAAGAAACGCGAAUAUUCGUCUUUUAAAUGACCUUUUUAGGAUUACCGUCAGCGGCGGAUAUUUUAAUUAGCUUUUAACGUAAUUGUUGAUUCUUUAUAGAUUUUACCGCUCGUUCGUAAAAAUGUCGUGCAAAAUGUGGAUGUGAA